AUGUCCGCAAGCGUCGCGCAGAAGCGCCUGUUCCACGAAUACAAGAAUCUAUCCACCAAUCCGCCAGAGGGGAUCACCGCGGGCCCCGUCAACGAAGAUGACAUGUUCCACUGGGAGGCCCUGAUCCAGGGGCCUGAGGGCACGCCGUUCGAGGGGGGCGUCUUUGCGGCAGAGCUGAAGUUUCCAAAGGACUAUCCACUGAGUCCGCCAACGAUGAAAUUCGUGGGAGGCGGUGUCUGGCAUCCGAAUGUAUAUCCCAACGGCACCGUCUGCAUUUCCAUCCUGCACCCUCCGGGUGAUGAUCCAAACCACUAUGAGCAUGCCUCGGAACGGUGGUCACCCAUCCAGAGCGUCGAGAAGAUCCUGAUCUCCGUCAUGAGCAUGUUGGCGGAGCCCAACGAUGAGAGUCCUGCCAACGUGGAGGCCGCCAAGAUGUGGCGUGAGCGACGAAGCGAGUAUGAGAAGAGGGUCCGGGAGGAAGUCAGACGGGGGUUGGGUUUGUGA